ACUAUUGUGAAUUGCCACAUAGUUAGCAUGGCACACACCCAACUUUUCGAAGCCCUUGCGGUUGAAUGUAUUGUUUUACAUGCAAGUGUUUAUUAUAUAUUUCUGGGCUUGUUUUCUUGUUGUACCGACAGAAAAUCCCAGAAGAAAAGAGGUGUCUGCUCAAAAUAUCAAGGUGUAUGUUUUAUUAUCUGUGGAUUUUACAAUGAUUCACAGUUUGUUUAUCAUCAACCAUUCAGGGGAUAUAUUUCUGGAAAAACAUUGGAGAAGUGUUUUGGGAUGCUCUGUUUGUGAUUAUUUCUUCGAAGCUCAAGGAAAGGCUACUUCUCCAGAAGACAUUCCUCCUGUACAGGAUUCAGUUAUCUCAUCAGUAUGUUUCGCCAUGAUCUCUUCUUUGUUUCUGUUGUUGAAAAUGAAGAUUUGUGUUUUUCCACCUUUGUUUGUGGUUGAAUUUCUUCAUCGAGUCGUUGACUUGAUCAAAGAAUAUUUCUCUGACUGUACUGAAACAAUCAUUAAAGAAAAUUGUGUCAUUGUAUAUGAGUUAUUGGAAGAGAUGUUGGAUAAUGGAUUCCCUCUUGCUGCAGAGUCAAAUGUACUUAAAGAGUUGAUAAGACCUCCUAGUAUAGUUAGAAAUGUUGUUAAUAAAGUGACUGGAGAUAGCAACAGUCAUCUCCCAACUGGUCAAUUGUGCAAUGUUCCAUGGAGGAGAACUGGUGUAAAAUAUGCAAAUAAUGAGUUGUAA